CUGUGACGCGUUCCAGAGGAUAUCCAAGGAAUUGACGCAGUCCAUCUGUCUGAGAAUUGAGCAGGAACUUCUAAAUAUUAAGAAAAGGAGUUUAUUUCCACCAAGGUCGCUGACGUUCUCAGAGGUGAUAUCCAGAAGUUUCCGGGCCAGCUGGCUCUCAAACAGCACGAACGUUCUGUCCUACUUGGUGCAGUUCAAAAAUGCAGAAGACCCAAAUGGAGAAUAUGUGUCCAUUUCAGUGCCUGGGGGGUGGGUGUUUGUUUUUCCAUGUGUUUCCUGCAAGACAGGAAGCUGAAGAUCAUGGUCUCGAGUGUGUAUUUCGUCCGCGACGAGACCAUGUCCAGCAUGCGGCUGACCUGGGAUCCGGUGCCAGGCAACGUGCUGCAGUACCGUGUGGCCUAUCAGCCUGUGGUGGGAGGAGAGAGGAAGGAGAUCUCUGUGAAGGGAAACACCCCGGCUGCACUGCUGAAGAACCUGCAGUCGCCACCGAGUACAACCUGUCUGUCACCGCCCGCUACUCCACCGGCCUCAGUGACCCGCUGAUCGGACGAGGGACCACUCUCGAGGCUCUGGCGGGUGCCAAAACUUUGGCUGAGUCUGAGGAGACAGAGAGGAGCAUGAAGGUAACAUGGCAGCCAGCGCCGGGCAAAGUGGUGAGCUACCGGGUGACGUACCGACCCAAGAUGGGAGGGAAACAGCUGGCGGCCAAGGUGCCGGGAAACACCACCUCCACGGUCCUGAAAAAGCUGCAGCCCUUGACCGCUUACGACAUCACGGUGCACCCGAUCUACAAGCGAGGAGAAGGAAAAGCAAGUUUCACCUUUCAAGGGUCCUAGAAACCUCCAGACUUCAGAGCCAACAAACACCAGUUUUCGGGUUAGCUGGGACCCCGCCCCAGGGGAUGUGCGAGGGUAAAAAAGUGACGUUUGACCCCAGCGAGAAC